AUGACACCUUUGACGGGCUUUUUCUACGCGUUUUCGGGCUCCGAAGCUGGGUCGUUGCCCGUCGUGUCUGGGAAGAACACCUUCGCGUACGCGCUUCAGCCAGAGGACGUCGUCCGUGACGCCGCGGAACUCUUACUCGACGAUCUCGAGUUCCACCUCCCCAAUCCCCCGCCCGUGGAGCUCUCGUUGGUGCCCGUGAUUGCAACCGUCUCGGAGCCGCACUUGUAUCGCAAGCAAUGCAUUUCCGUCGCAACCAUCGCCGCUACGGACCAGAAGUGGAUCCUUGGGAAACACAGCAAGGCCGCCACGUCCGUCUCGCAGCUGAAAGACUCGUGA